CAGGCUUCUCCAACAGCCAGGCUCAAACAUUUUGCUUUGAAACGGGUCAAGGGGGUUCUGUGUUCCAGGUGCACGGUGCUUGUUCUAAGCCUUGUAGAGUGCAAGGGUGCCCUCCAAGGCCGAGUAGCGGAUGUCAUGUUCGGUGACUCAGGGCAACAGGAAACCAGAGACCUGCUCGCUGUCUCUGCGAGGAAGUUGACCACAUUGCGGUUUGACUGCUGCUGUAAAAUGUGAGCAAGAGAGAGGUCCGGCAUGAGACGUCGGACCAAGAGCUGCUGCAGCAGAGCAAGAAGACACGUCUGAACCUGCAGGUGGAAGCCGUGGCGAGAUCAAGCUAUGAGCCAAAUGGAAUUGAUUUGGGGUGCCUUCUCCUUGAUGCUUUUGGGAGCACUUGUUAGCAUGUGCAUGAAAUGUCAACGGUCUGAGAAUAAAUGGAAGACAAGCCUGGACAGUCAGAGGAAUCCAUGUGCAGCAGCUGACUAUAUAACCCCAGCGACAAGAGAGAAGCACUCGACACAAGCUCAGAGGUUACCCUCACACUCUGGGAUAGAAGGCCAGCAAAGAGUGAGGUGGCACAUUCUUACUCCAUGUCACGACAACAACACCUUAAAAUGCCGUGCAACAUGCCAGGGCCAAGGAAAAGCCAUGAAGAUCUUUCUGUAGCAAGUCACCUUGGGGCCUGUCCGAAACCGAGGUAUCAAAAUUUUGAGAAAGAGAUGCAAAUGGAGCAAGACCCUGCUUAUGUUGAGCCCAUCCAUGCAAACCAUCACAACUACAGAAAAGAUUUAAGGACUCCAAGUGAUGAAGAUUUUCCAUAUCAAAAUGUGGCUGGGCCAUGUGGAAGCAAUGCAUGUGUCUUGGUCAACGCAGAUGUCUAUGAGAACAGUCCGAUUAUCCAGUUAUGGAAAAACUCACAGAUAGCAGAAAACCUUUCCUCUGACGAUGAACCAGAUUACAUCAAUGCAAACACAAACCACAGGUUUCCUGCCUGAGAACCGGUGAAAAGCACUUCCAACAGUCGAUGACUCCUGUCAAAAGGCGGUCACAUCUUCUAAAUCUAAAAUGUAAAUGUGAAAUAGAUUUAGAAGCAGCAGUGUCUAAUAGUUUUGUAGCCACACCAGCCUGGCACCGUCACUACACCCCAUCUAUGCCGCAUUGCCAAUCGGAACGGAAAAUAGAAAUCAUAAUGCCAUAAUGUUUUGGAAGGCUGUCACCAAAGAACGGGACGUUUUGAGACAGAAACAUGGACCCUUCUGUUUGUUAUUAAAAG